AAUCCGACAGAAGCACUGUGAACAAGCAUAUCUGAGACUCCGUCUAUCUGAAUCUCUUAAAUUUUUUGUAAUAAUUUAGAAUUAAGUAUGUGUCCCAUGACAGUAUGUGAAUAAUGACAUAUGUAAAUUGUUUAAUUUUCACACGUUAAAUGUCUAUUUUGUGUAGGUGAGCAGAUAGACUAAUUAUUAUAGAGGGGCCACGAGCUACCUCUAAGCUACCGGCACGAAAGGGUAGGAUUUACCUAGUAGGUACUCUUGGUCCUAGCCGAUAGUAAUACUGUAUUAUCUGGUCAAAUAUUCUAGUACGUCACGGUUGGUAGGUUAGGCCAAGCUCACUUAGGUAGAACUAUGGUUUAACUCCGCGUCCGUAUGACUACCAUGGGAAUACUCUAGGACUUUAGCCUAUCUAGGGUUUAACACCGCCUUGGAUCCAUCGUACUCAGGUGGAUCAGCCUUAUUCACUCGAUAUUUAAAAGGUCUGUUAACUUGAACAAUGAGUGGCUGGCUUGAUAACCCAGUAGAGGGUGUUCUACUUGAUAUUACUGGUGUUUUAUAUGAAUCUGGAGAAGGAUUUGGCACUGUCAUUCCAGGCAGUGUAAAUGCUGUGCAGAGACUGAAGGAAGCCAAUAUUCCGGUACGCUUGGUCACCAAUGAAACUUGUGAUACCAGAAGUGCUGUUGUUAAGAAGCUGCAGAGUCAUGGUUAUGAAGUUUGUGAAGAUGAUAUAUUCAGCCCUGUCCCAGCUGUGAUUGCUCUUCUUAAGGAAAGGGGGCUCUCUCCUCACCUGUUAGUUCACCCUAAUAUUGAAGGAGAAUUCUCUUCAUUAACGAAAGGAAAACCAACUUGUGUAGUAAUGGGUGAUGCUGAUGAAGGUUUUUCAUUUGCUAAUGUGAAUAAGGCCUUCACAACACUGAUGGAAAUGGAAAAACCAAUAUUGUUUUCUUUAGGAUAUGGGAAGUACUACAAGCAUAAGGGAAAGUUGCAGCUAGAUGUUGGAGCAUUUGCUAAUGCUUUGGAAUUUGCAUGUGACAUUAAAAGUGAGAUUGUUGGGAAGCCAUCACCACAGUUUUUUGGGGCAGCACUCAAAGAUAUGGGGAUAACUGCAGAUAAGGCAGUGAUGAUUGGAGAUGACAUUGUAUCAGAUGUAGGUGGAUCACAGAAAUGCGGGCUGCGUGGCGUGUUGGUCCGAACUGGUAAAUACAUCCCUGCUUUUGAAAACCAUCCGGUGGUAAAACCAGAUUUUAUUGCUGAUAAUCUUGCUCAGGCAGUUGAAAUGAUUAUAAAUGCUCAGAAGGCUAAGAAGUGAUACACCUAGCCUGAUAUACAUGUAAAUGCUACACUGUAUUGUGGGUUUUUGUCUUGGAAAAAAAUGUUUGUACAUUAUACUUUAGUAAGAAUCUGUAUAUGAACUAUGUUCGUUAUCAGUUUGCACGUUAUCCUUUGGUAAGAAUCUGUAUACGUAUUGUUAGUUAUCAGGAAGUCCUGAAAGUUAACAAAAUUUUAUUAUGGUUUUAAGAGGGAAAGCAAGUAGGUCUUUGUAUUUUUUUCAAGUAAAGUACAUAUUUGGUGUAAUUCCUUAAGAAAAAUAAUCUGUGUCAUAGCUUUGAAAACAGUAAUCAAUGUAAGAGUUAAGUUAUUUUUCACUAAAUCUUUGGCUUAUAAUGGAAAAUUCAAGUAUUGUGAAAGAUACAGGGGUAGAGUAUAAAUCUAUACACUGUCCAACAUAAUCUCAUGCGUUUACUUUUAACUUCUUGCCUGCCUUUUAUGAUAUGAUGGAUCUUUCCUUUGAUUGCAUUUGUUCCUAAAAUUAUACAACCCUUCAUUGUAUAUGAAUAGUUUUUAAGCACUGGUUAGUGUGGUUGUUGAGAUCAUUAGCUUUUAGUUAUAUGCAAUUGCUGGAGAGUCCCAGCCACAUGUCUAGCCAGUCCCUUGCUUUUCCUAAAGCUGCUGUGAAGUAUAUAUGUUGCUGCUUUACAGUAUUCAUUUUGGGUUCCAGUCUUGUAUUUACCUUGGGUGAAAUUUUUGUUUGUGUAUUGGUGUGUACAUGUUUUUUUGGCCUGUCUGUGCUUCAGUCUAUAUGGUGACUGAACCAAAUCCUUACUCAAUUAGGUAUCCUAGGAAUGUAUUGAUAUUGUUAUUUGUGUAUUAUGAGUGUUCUUUUUAGGGUCAAGAUUGCUUGAAGGAUCUUCCCUCCAAAGAGUGCAAAGGAUGCAUAAGUUCAGCUGCAAACAGAAGUAAUGUGAGAAAUCUUCUGUUACAUUGAAAAUAAUACACUUUCAUUCAUUCUGAAGAUUCACUUCCAUUCAUCUGAAGAAGUGAAUGGUCUGCAGUGGGACCAUUUAUCUUCUCUUCCACUUCUCCAGUGAUACUCCUGGUGAUUUGUCAGUGAGCUUCCCUCGUUUGCUUAUCAGGCAGUCUCCUGGUGCCACCACAGCAUCUUCUACUAUGACGAACUCUCCAAAGCUUUUUUUCUUAGACCCUCAGAAGUUACUUAUUGAAGGUUUUCUAGCCAUCCUUCAAGAUGAAAGGAUAGUCAUCUGCCCAUCAUUCUUGUCGUAGUAAUAGUCAGUUGCUGUCUCCACUGCUUGUAGUUCUUUGUGUUGCUUGUAGUUCUUGAUGUUGCUGCUGUUCCCAUCACAGGUACAGUUGUUUCAGGUAGGAAUGAGUGGUCAUUAUUUGCUGUUAAAACUCUUGGGUCCUUCAAGAAACUCACCUUGACCACAUCCUCAGCGAUAGAGGUGAGACACAGAAUAGGCGGAGUUAAUUGGGAAACGCUGGGGUUCUGAUGCUGCUUCUCCUCUUCUUUUUCCUUGAGGUCAUCAUUUUAUAUAAAAAUUAUCAAAAUAUACUUUCAGAAAAUUCUGAAAUUUUCUUUGAAUUGGCAAAGUAAGCAUUGGUUAUCCAUGAAUGUGUAAUAAUUAAUAUUACACACAGUAUAAGAAAGAUUUGCACCAUUACAACCAAGAGGGUUGUGAAUACAUCCAAAAUGCAGACAAAGGCUUAGUGACCUGGUUAGUCUAGCCUAUGUUGCCUUUAGGCUACCUGUAAACCCUACCAUAACCUUGGUUAGACUAUUUUUAUAUAUACUAUUGAAAAAUUGUCAAGAAUCCAAAGAAAUAAGACUGAUCCAAGGUUUCUUUUUAAUUUAUAAGUAGUACGUACCCCAUAUAUAAAACUAAACCAAAAAAUGUCAUCUUACCAAGCAAAAUGUGUCGUACCAGAACUUUGUCAAUGUAGCCUAGUCUCCUAGUAUCUAUUUGUGAUGAUGUAACAAUCAUCAGAUACAAGACAUCCAAAGGUAAGGUACUAUGUAUAUGUAAUGUGUGUAUAAAGGAUGCUGUGCAUGUAUAUGUUUAACAGGACAACUCAAAAACAAUGAUCCAAGUACUGGUAAUGUUGAACAAUAAGUACACUUCUACUCCCCUGCUAUGUCCUUUUUUAUGGGUACCAUUGUGCCUAUGUUAUACAGUUAUAUCUUUAGCAAGUUACUGUAUAUGCACUGUACUGCACAUAAUAUGCCAAAUCUACGAGAGAAUAAAGAGCUAAAGGAGUUAUACCAUCAGUCUUUAUUCUGAGGUUGGGCGAGAUGUCCAACUUUGGCAUGAUACCAGAAUUAGGCAAGGAGUAAGGCAUUGGAACUACAAUGCCAGAUGUACUGGACAGUUAUUCCAAUGUAGAAGAUGUGUGACCUGCUGGUAAUAUAAUUGGAUGCAGUUUCAUGGCCUGAGUGACCCCUACCUAAGCAUGAGGAACAUAAGUGAAAACAAGUGUUUCCUUGGUGCAGAACCAGUAAUGCUGAAGAGCAAAAGUGACUACAGUUGAAAGAAAGGCUGGUUCAUUAUGUGAAUUUCCCUUCACCCCCCCUCAAUAAUAAGCCAAUUGGCACACAUUCUUACCCGUCCUCCUCUUUAAUGAGUUGGUCAGCACAAAUUCUCUGAUCCACUCAGCAAAACUACAUUGCUCAGUUAGUUUGCCUGACUGAGCAAAGGUAUUUUUUGUGCUUCUAUUUUCUGAGAAAGUUUGAUCUUCACUUCACACAUCCAUCUGUACCUGUGUGAUUUUAUUCACACUUCUGCAUUUGCAUUGAUAAAGCUGCUAUCAAGGGUGUAUUUAGGAUUGGGAAAUGCAUAUAUAAUUAAGGGAUUACAGUAUGCAGUAAUGAAAUGAAAAGAAAAUUAGAAUUAAUUAAGAUUACUUGUGAAAUUCUGGGUACUACUGCUGACCAGUUGACAUACACACAAAAGUUAUUCAUUUAAUCAUGUUAGACCUUGUGUGCAUGCACCAAUCCACCAGUGCCAGGUGAUUUUUCUUCUUAAAUGGUGAAAUUUGGUCUUCAGGGACUUUGCAUAAUUGAAAAAUUUGGCUAUAAUAACAGAAUGUGUUUUUACAGCAGCAUUCUAAUGUGGUUUAAACACACUUGUAACAGAUACAAUAUUUCAUAUUUGAGAAAUUUGAGGAAGCGUUACUGUAAGUCAUCUUUAAAUUUAAACAUCAAUUAUUUUAUUCUGUAAAGAUAAUCAAAUGAAACGGAUUAUAACAACAUUAACUGAAAAUUAUUCCAGAUAUGUAUGAUAAAGUAUAUAUUCAUCUUGUAAUUGUUUCAGUGUUAUAUAAUAUUAAAAUUUAAAUUUAUAUAGAAUCUAUCAACACAGUGUUGCAAGGAAAACUUUGUUGUAGUUAUAGAAGUACAUAUUAAUUUUUAUUGGGAAAUGAUACGGCAGGAAAAGUUAUUCAUUUUACUACAUAUUAAUGAAUUUAUUCAGUAUCAUGUGUACUAUAUCAGUUGGACUUACUGAUUCUUCCUUUAUCAAACAGUUCACAUUUUUUCCUAUCGUUUUAUUUUUGUCCUUAUUUGGUGGCACAGCUUCUUAUAAAAGGUGCCUUAAGGUGUGCUGCCAAGGAAUAAAAGGUACUAUAGUCUUUCCAUAUAAUUGUUCUUGAUGAGACUUCUUUAAUAAAUCUGAGUAAAUUUUAGAAGUAUAUUUUGUAAACUAAUUAAUAUAGCAUAUUUUGAUACACAUACCAUGAAUGUUGAUUUGUUAUUGUUGUUAGUUAUUCAACAUAUUAUAUAUAAUUUAAAAAUAAAAGUUGUUUGGAAA